AUGAGCGGCAACUACAGGCCCUAUCAACCACCGCAACAGCCAGUUUACUGGCAGGCUCCUGGUCAGCAGCAAGGAGCCCCAAGCCCCCAAGGCACUCCGAACCCAAACGCAACUCCAGGCCAGCCUCUCCCAGGUCAUCCUCACCCGCAGCAGACGCCGCCUCUCCAACGUCCUCCCCAGGCACCAACCCAAGGCGUACAGCAUCAUCCCCAUCCCCAAGCCUACGCUGCCUUUGUCCCCCAACAGCCAGGACAACAGCAUGCCCAAUCUCCUUAUCCCCUUCCCCUCCAACCUCAUCGUCCUCCCCAGCAGCAGCAGCAGCAAUAUAUCCACCAGCCACAGCAGCCUCAUCCUCACUAUCAACAACAACAUCCUCAGCAUCCCCACCAACAACACUAUCCCCCUCAGCAAUCCCCUCUUCACCCUUCUCACCCUUCCCCCCUCCACUCGCCCCCGCUUCACUCCCCCGGUUAUGGCCCUCCUCCCACCCAGCAACCCCCACCGUCCAAUCCUGUCGGCUUCAUUGCCGAGCUCGAUUCCUCCAUCAUCUCGACGCCACCUCCGGGCCCGGGAAAUGGCCAAGCCGGUCCGCCGGCCGGUAACUUUGCCGAGUUACCUGCCGAGCCGGCCGUGACCCCCAACCCCGGGAAAGAAGGCGACAAGCCCGUGCAGACGCCUCAGUCGGCGAAACCUCCUACACAGGCUAACCCCUGGGGAUUCUUCCUUGAGGAGAAGCAGGUCGUCACGAGCGAGGGUGGAAAGCCAGCCUCUGUUCCCGCUGCUGCGCCGGCUUCGGCUCCUGCUCCUGUUCAGGGAGAGCCCAAGAAGGAAGACGAGAAGAAAGAUGAGACGAAACCCCAGGCCAUCGUUGUUGAUUCAACGCCGCAGGUUGUCGAGGAACCGCCGAAGCCUCAUGAUGCGAGGUUUACCUUGCCUUCGCAGCAGUAUAUGCCGGGUGUUGUUCAUCGGCCACCGCCACCUCAGGGUGGCCAACCUGAGCAUCACCAACCUCCUUCACAAGGUCAGGCUCCGCAGCAACAACCGCCUCCUCAGGUUCAACCUCACCAACAUCACCCGCAGCAACAGCAACAGCAACAGCAGCAACCACCGCAUAACCAGCAGCCGCAUCAGCAAUUUGUUGCUUAUAAUGCUUCUGCUCAUCCUGGAUCUCCGGGCCCCCCUCCUCAACAAGGCCAGCCUCCUCACCAACAUAGUCCUCCUAGCCAGCCGACUUCUCCUGCUGGAGCUCCCCCUCAAGCUUCACAGAUCCAACCCUUCCAGCCCGGCCCACCGCAACAAGGAGCCACACCCGCGCCGGCCACCGUAAACCCGUACCAGGCAUACGUGCCGCCUAAUCAACAGGGCGGCCCGGCGCAAGGAGGACCUCCCGCUGCAGGUGGUCAGUUCCAGAUACCUCAGCAUGGUCCUCCUGGACUUCAAGGAGGCAUGACCCCGCCCGGUCAACCUGGCCAACCACAGCAACCACAGCAACAACAAUUUGCCAUUGGAGCCAGGCCCCCUUCUAUAGGACAUGCGGGAGGAGCGCUUCCAGUGGUUGCGAAUGCAAAUCUGCUGCCUUCCGGACCGCAGAAUCCUAACCAACCUCAGCAACCCGGAUAUCCCCAACAGGCUCAUCCCACACCUCCACCGGCUGCCACGCCGACAUCCCCUCCUCUUGGCCCUGGCCCCACCCAGGCCCCCCAAAACCAGCCCCAUAUGUAUGGACCGGCACCUCCACAGAUAGCGGGCACCCCAAUGAUGUCACCACCACCACCCAGCGGCCCAGGCGCCGUUCCUCCGAACCAACCUCAUGUCUACGGGCCAGCUGCCUCGCCGGCUGGUAGUGUAGCGUCACCUGCCCCAGGAUCUGGUCCAGCGCAGCAGCAGCAGCCGCAGCAGCAGCAAACCACGUCGUAUUUCCCUCACAGCGCGACACCUCCCGCCGUUCACCCCGCCUAUCAGCAGGUGCAUAGGCCCCAGAGUCCGCCAGCGCAUAACGUGGUUCAGUCUCCGCCGCCGUUACAGCAUGGCGGCGCGCCCGGACAAAGCCCGUCCAUUGGAUCGAGUUCCGUGCCACAGACCCCCGCGCCGCAGACUCCAGGACCCUCUCCCCAUGGUCCCACGCAGGCGCCUUCCGUACACAGCGUUACCCGGCCCAACUCCGGCGCAUAUAACGUACCGCCGCCCAGUUCCUCUCACGGUCCGACGCCUCCUCCUGGCCAGACCCAGACACCUUCGAACGCUACCCCGGUUUAUGGGGUUCCUCCGCCUAUUCCCGCCCAGGCGACCGGUCCAACCCAGCCGCCGUCUCUCCCUCAAGGCCAAACUCAACCUUCCCCUCCUACCGGCCAAUCUCAGGGGCAAAUACAGGGUCAAGCCCAAGGUCAACCUCAAGGUCAGCCAGGCCAGCCAAGCCAGCCAGGCCAGCAUCCCACCUACGGGCCGGGCGCACCUCAUCCCACUCAGCCCGCCUCCGCUCAAAUGACCGGCCACCCAGGCCAGGACCUCCCGAUCCCGAACGACCCUCCUCCGCCGUAUAAUCCUGUCGCGCUUCCUCCCCGGCCGGAGACUGCCAACCUCGGGCCCCGUCCCGUCUACCACUACGGUCCUCCCCUCCCAGGCCAAGUCGGCAUCCCCCCUCCACCCCUUCCCCACCGACCCGUCUCCGCCAUGGGCAACCAAAUAAGUCCCCAGCCUGGCGCCCAGCCACCUCAAAGUCCCUACGGCCCUCCCGGUACCACCCCAUACGGCGCCCCCAACCCACAAACUCCCGUAGUAGGACCCUACGGUCCCGGCGUCCAGACGACCAAUCCCCAAACCUCUUACGGCCCCCCUCAACCAACCUACACCAACACCCCCACCACCUCUUUCCCCCCUCCACCCAAGACUCCCGCCCUCAAUCAUUCCCUAUCAGCAAACAGCCGUCCACCCACCAGCGGCGGCGGCGGCGGCGGUCUCCUAAGCAGCAAGACGAUGAAGAAAUUCGUCAACCGGACCACCAACAUUCUCGAACAGACCGUCGCGCCCGUCAUCGCAGCAGGCCACAAGUAUGCGUAUCAGGGCCAUUCUUCUCCUUCGCCCAUGCCGGGUCAGCCUAUGUAUGGACAGCCUGGUACGCAGCCUGGGUAUGGACAGCCGGCUCCGCCACAGGCUGGGUACGGACCGCAAGCUACGCCGCAAUAUCCAGCGCAGCCGACGAACUGGGCGCCUUCUCAUCCGCAGCCUCAGGCUCGCCGGGAGUAA